ACCUGCUACUGAAGGAUGAUCGUCAAGAAAGUACGAUUCAAGCACCAUGUUUACCUACGAGUCCAGGCUCAGGUUAACGUUUGCGCAGAACAACACUGCAUUUCUUCAUCCAGAAGAAUGAGCGCCUUGUGUUUCCCUGCUGAAGGAACCCUGAGUGUUGGCACGGAUCUUCAUGUGUCGCAGGGAAACGUUGACAACUCCGUGGACAUGGAUCGCUUCAACAGGAACAUGCCUGAGCUUGGGCGAAAAACUCACCAGGUGUUACAGAGUACCCCACUGGAUUUAAUGGAGACUGGAAAGGGGCUGAAGUUUCAAGCAGAGCGCCCCCACCUGGUCAGCCUGGGCAGUGGACGACUGAGUACAGCGAUCACCUUGCUGCCUCUGCCUGAGGGCCGCACCACUCUGGGGUACGGUGCCGUGGACAUCAACAUCCAGGGCCCUGGUGUGGCAGCACAGCACUGCUACAUCGAGAACAAGUCAGGUGUCAUUACGUUGCAUCCUUCUGGGAACCUCUGCGCUGUUGACGGGCUCCAGGUCCAACAGCCCACCCGUCUGUCACAAGGCUGUAUGCUGUGUUUUGGACAGUCGGCCUUCUUCCGCUUCAACCACCCUGAGGAAGCCUUCAGGAUGAAGAGCAUGAUUCCUCAUGGAGGAGGUGUUCGCACCGGGAGCUAUGCUUUGUGUCCAGACACUGAGAGUUUGGUCAAUGGGAAUCACCAGGCCAGUUCCUCCCAGUCUCCCUCAGCUCCUGGAGAGAGAGUUCAGUCUGAGCACAGUGCCAUCGUCAGCUCCAUUGAGAAGGACCUCCAGGAGAUCAUGGAUUCCCUAGUCAUGGAUGACCCUGAGCCCUCCUCCUCUGAGGCAAAAAAGCCCCCCGGGGGGCAGUCCAUGCACCACUCCCCGUUGUCGCCUAUGGUCAAUGGAGGGGGGAGGUAUUUGUUGUCCCCUCCCACCAGCCCAGGUGCUAUGUCUGUGGGGUCCAGCUAUGAGAAUGCCUCCCCUCCCUUCUCGCCCCUUUCCUCCCCCUCGCCUGCCAGCAGUGGGAGCUUCACCAGCCCAUCGCCUGGCGGAGGACACCAGGACCAGAGUUCUUCUCUGCCACCUGUGCCUAUACGCUCUUCUAGCUACAACUUCAGCACCCAGCCUCCGCCUAUCCCCCUGCCAAGGACCAUACUGCCUAAUUUUAGCAGCACUGGAGUGGGCCAGAAGGUCCAGGAAAGCCCCAGGCUGCAGAGGAAAGUGUUGACAGAGACCCCUCCGAGCCCCAAGCCCAGCCGCCGGGGACUCAGCCAGGAGGGCUCAGAGAGCCCUCGACAGACGUCUCUUGUUUCAUCUAGCGAGUCUCUUAGCAGUAAAAACAUUGUGCCAAGCAGCCCCAGAGUCACCCCCAAAUUCCCAACCUGUUCAUCGCCGUCUCCGUCGCCUUCGCCAUCUAGUUCCAGGACCAAGACUGCCACAGUGCUCCAGGAAAGGACGCCCAGUCCUUUCAGAGAGCAAACCAUCUUAGCUGAUGGCUCCCUGAACUCCAGUUCCUCCCGGCAGCUUUCACAGCCCAGUAAGGCUUUUCAGCCGCCCCUGGAUCCCAUCGUUCAUGUCAUCCAAGGAUCCCCUCUCCCUCAGCAUCCACGGUCACUGCAGCCCCCUGAAAGCCCCCGGUUGGCCCGAAGGAACUUGGAAUUGAAUGGUGGCAGUGCAGGAAGCAGCAGUAUGAGAGAGCUGCCGCCUCUGAGUCCUUCGUUGACCCGUAGGGGGGUUCCGGUUCUUCCAGGGGCAUUGCCUGGAACAAUCUCUACRUUGAGAACUCCGGAGAGCCCCUCAUGCCUGGGCAGGCUGGUCCCAGAGAGUCCCAGACUGCGGCGCAAAACCGGAUCCACAUCAGAGGAGCCGCCUUGCAGCAGAGGGAUCCGAGCUCGCAGUCCGUCCCCCUCCUCCAUGUUGAUGGAGGGUAGCAGUGGAGUAGGGAUACGUAAGGCAAGCUUUGGGAACUCUUUAUCGCCUGCUUUCAGUCUGGGCUCCCUACCUGGCUCAUCCCCUGCAGCCAGCCCCAGGACCCAGAGAAAGAUGUCCUUGGGGAGACCCCACCCAGGAAUGCGAGAGAGGAAGAACAGCAUCACAGAGAUCAGUGACAACGAAGACGAGCUGCUGGAGUAUCACCGCCGACAGAGAGAGGAGCGGCUCAGGGAGCAGGAGAUGGAGAGGCUGGAGAGGCAGCGGCUGGAGACCAUCCUGACCCUCUGCGCUGAGUACAACAAAGGUGAGAGCGUGGGGCUGGACCCCCUGGGCUCAGGACGGCUGGGUUUCCCCGGGUGUCUGGGCGACUGCUCAGGGCGGAGGCCGUCCCUGGAGAAUCUUCUGGGAGGAACGCCGACGUCGCCGGCCGCCCUCCGCCUGGCGCAGAGACAGAGAGAGAGCGACGAGGAGAACUUGAAGGAGGAAUGCAGCAGCACUGAGAGCACCCAUCAGGAGCAUGAGGACUCGUCUGGCUCAGGCAGCGCGGGCUGUUCAGAGCUGACUUACCUGGAAGAUGAGAGGACCCGCAUUCUGGCCCGGACUGACGAGCUCAAAGCCCGACUCACCGAGUUGGAGCAGCAACUACAGGAGUCUGAACAAGAGGCGGAGAUGGAGCGCGCCCUGCUGCAGGGCGAGACGCAGGCCGAGCUUGACCAGAUAGAGGCCGAGACGGACGUCGUCAGUCAGCUGCAGCGCAAGCUGGAGGAACUGGAGAGCGCCAUCCAGAGGGAGAAGGACAAGCCAGUGUUUUCGUUUGUUUGGCUGAGAACUGCUGCUGGUUUUUUGAAAGUGCUGGAUACCGUAUUCAAGGGUGGGCAACAUGCUGUUGCAUGUUUGUUCCAAUCACAAUGUUCUGAUUGGCUCAAUUAGGACGGAGAGGCACUGGAAGCCGGGACCAAGAAGUUUGAGGAUCUGGAGUUUCAGCAGCUGGAGAGAGAGAGCAGCCUGGAGGAGGAAAGGGAGACGCUCAGCCAGCAGCUCCUUCAGGAGAAGGCAGAGUACCACCGCAGCAUGGCCAAGAGGAAGGAAAAGGUUUCUGCUCUGGAGAAGCAGGCCAGCCAGCUUGGCCAACAGGCUACCCAGGAGUGUGAGCGGCUGGCCAAGGACCGGACCCUUGCGCUGCAAAUGCUCCAAAAGGAGAAGGAGCGACUGUUGGCUCUAGAGAAGAGAUACCACACCCUGACCGGAGGAAAGAGCUUCCCCAAGUCUUCCUCUGCCAUGAGAGAGGAAACUCUCCAUAUCAGCGAGGCUGAGCUGUUGCUGGGGGAUGUCCGGUCCUCCCAGACCUCCCUGUGUGGAGUCUCUCCUUCCUUCUUACAUCCUCCCCCCCUCUGUCGGUUGUUCCCCAGCAGUCCCACAGAGGAGUAUGUGACAGUGGGCCAGUUAAAUCAGAUCUAUGGGAUGCCCAAGGUGGAGUCUUCCCCUACCUCCCCGCUUCACCAGCCCCUGCCGCCUGGAGCAGGAAACCCCACCUUCUCCUGCCUCCCCUCUCGGCAUGGCUCCUCCCUCUCUCUGUCUGUGGAGCACCAGUGUGAGCCCAGUAGGCCUCACCUCCCCACAUUAGACUUAGAGCAGUGGUACCUGGAGCUGAUGACCGGCCCCACACAGCUCGGUGCCCCCCUUCUGCCGGCCAAGUCGCCGUCAGGCCGCAGACCGGUACUGCAGGUGUUUCGCUCCAAGCUGGACAGUGAUCCCGGCGUUCCGCUCCAUCAGUCCAAGUCAGGCUCCUCGUCCCCCCUGCAGCACGGAGCGGCGACACUGGGGCGCAACACCAGCUCCAAGCAGAGCCCCCUGCUGGCCGCCGGCAGCACUGGGAGCCUACCCAGGAACCUGGCUGCGACUCUGCAGGACAUCGAGACCAAGAGACAGCUGGCUCUGCAGCAGAAAGGUCAGCAGGUGAUCGAGGAACAGCGCCGCCGUCUGGCUGAGCUCAAGCAGAGAGCCGCCGCCGAGGCCCAGUGCCAGUGGGAGGCGCUACACGGCUCCCACCCUCACCUCCCGGCCUCAUACUCCCCCCUCAUGGCCAACAGUCCCACUCUGAGCCACAACUCGUCGGGCCCCCCAUCCCUGGUGCACCACUCCAUCCUGCACCACCAGCCUCCAUCGGCUGGAGAGCAGCCAUACGACACCCUGAGCCUGGAGAGCUCAGACAGCAUGGACACCAGCGUUUCCACGGGCAACAACUCGGCCUGCUCACCCGAUAACAUGUCCGGUGUUGGAGGAGUGGACGUGCUGAAGAUCGAGGAGAUGGAGAAGAUGCUGAAGGAGGCGCAGCUGGAGAAAGCCAGGCUGAUCGAGUCGCGGGAACGAGAGAGCCUGGCUCGCCGUCAGAUGUURGAGGAGGAGAGGAGGAGGAGGGAGGAGGCGGAGAAAAGACUCCAAGAUGAAACUUUCCACAGACAGCAGCUUGUGGAGAAAGAGGUCAAGAUGAGGUCCAAGAACUUUUCUCAGGCUCGACCGAUGACCCGCUACCUACCCAUCAGGAGGGAGGAGUUCGACCUGCGCUCACAUGUGGAGUCGUCGGGCCACAGCGUGGAGACAUGCUACCACGUCAUCCUCACAGAGAAGAUGUGCAAGGGCUACCUGGUGAAGAUGGGAGGCAAGAUCAAGUCCUGGAAGAAGCGCUGGUUUGUGUUCGACCGCCUCAAGAGGACCUUCUCCUACUACGUUGACAAACAUGAGACCAAGCUGAAGGGUGUGAUCUACUUCCAGGCUAUAGAAGAGGUCUACUAUGAUCACCUCCGCAGUGCCACUAAGGUACCACUCUAACUUCUACUGAAUCUGGUUCUGUCUGUCUGCNUGACCUUCUGCGUGAAGACGCAUGACCGCCUCUACUACGUGGUGGCGCCAUCGGCGGAGGCCAUGAGGAUCUGGAUGGACGUGAUCGUCACAGGAGCGGAGGGAUACACUCAGUUCAUGAACUGAGGGCGAGCAGAACGCUGCGGCAGGGAUUGGACACACAAUCCACAGGAUCGGUUCUGACGUCCGCUCCGACUCGGACACCACGCCUGUUUGUUACCGUUUCUGUUUUUAUUUCACACAAUCAUUUUUUCAUGCAGGAGUUUCCUUCAUCAUGUUUCCUAUGUGAUUCUGUUUGGAUUGAAAAAGGGAGCUGCUGCCACACACACACACGCACACCCCCAUACACACACACACACACACACACACACACACACACACACACACAC